AGGUGCUAGAAAGGAAGUCUGCUCUAUGGCUUCGGAAUCCAGAAAGCCUUUCACCCCCUCCUCUGCAGACCCGGCUCCUGAGCAGGACCUUGUCAUCGUCAAGGUUGAGGAAGAUCCUGCCUGGGACCAGGAAUCUGGCCCGCUGGGGAGCAACUCUCUUGGCCCUGAGCAGUUCCGCCUGCGCUUCAGGGAGCUGCGCUACCAGGAGACUUUGGGCCCUCGCGAAGCGCUCAUCCAGCUCCGAGCCCUGUGCCACCAGUGGCUGCGGCCCGACCUGCACACCAAGGAGCAGAUCCUGGAGCUGCUGGUGCUGGAGCAGUUCCUGAGCAUCCUGCCCACCCAGCUGCAGGUGCUGGCGGAGGAGCAUCCGCUGGACAGUGGGGAGGACGUGGUAACCCUGCUGGAGGGGCUGGAGCGGCAGAUCAAUAUUCUUGGCCGGCCUGUCUCUGCUCGUGCUCACAGACAUCGGCUCCUCUGGGAUGAAGUGACCCAUUUAGACCCUGCACCCCAAGGAACACAGCACCAGCCUGCAGCAAUGCAGCAGAAAGCUCCGGUGGUCCAUGGGCCUCACGGGAGAGCCAUCCCCACUGCCCAGAGUAUGGCCCAAACCCAGAAGAGAAGUCCUGGGGACCAGGAGAUGACAGCGACACUUCUUACAGCCGGAUUCCAGACUUUAGAGAAGAUUGAGGACAUGGCUGUAUCCCUCAUUCGGGAGGAAUGGCUUCUUGAUCCACCACAGAAGUCUCUGAAUAAAGAUGACGGACCAGAGAAUUACAGACACAUGUUCUCCCUGGAUGUUGAAGGCAGGACUGAGACCAAGGAAGCAGUGUCAAAACAGGCAAAGCCUCCUGGAAUCCAGGCCCUUGGGGAGCCUGCUGCCAAGUGCAACGGUGAUGCAGCCGAGCUCAAUGAGCCUGGAGAAGCCGGAGACCAGCCAGGCAAGCUGGUGAGACAGCGGGGAAGUACCGAGGACCGUCGACAUCAAUGUAAUGAGUGUGGGAAAAGCUUCGCCCAGAGCUCGGGCCUUGUGCGCCACUGGAGGAUCCACACCGGGGAGAAGCCCUACCAGUGCAGCGUGUGCGGGAAAGCCUUCAGCUACCGCUCGGCCCUGCUCUCCCACCAGGACAUCCACAACAAAGUCAAGCGCUACCGCUGUGGUGAGUGCGGCAAAGCCUUCAGCCAGAACACGGGCCUCAUUUUGCAUCAGCGAAUCCACACUGGGGAGAAGCCUUACUGCUGCAGUCAGUGUGGUAAGGCCUUCAGCCAGAGUGCCGGACUCAUCCUGCACCAGCGCAUCCACAGUGGGGAGCGGCCCUACGAGUGCGGUGAGUGUGGCAAGGCCUUCAGCCACAGCUCGCACCUCAUCGGCCACCAGCGCAUCCACACGGGGGAGAAGCCCUACGAAUGCGAGGAGUGUGGGAAAAGCUUCCGGCGCAGCUCGCACCUCAUCGGCCACCAGCGGAGCCACACCGGGGAGAAGCCCUACAAGUGCCCCGAGUGCGGGAGGGCCUUCAGCCAGAAGUCGGGACUCAUUGAGCACCAGCGGAUCCACACGGGGGAGAGACCCUACAAGUGCCAAGAGUGCGGCAAGGCCUUCAACGGCAACACGGGCCUCAUCCAGCACCUGCGCAUCCAUACUGGGGAGAAGCCCUACCAGUGCGGGGCGUGUGGCAAAGCCUUCAUCCAGCGGUCGAGUCUCAUUCGGCACCAGCGGAUCCACACUGGAGAAAAGGCUGAACCCUCGGUUGUUUAAAGGGCGGGGGGGGGGGGGUUUCCCACCUUUUGGGGGCUUUAUUCAACAGAGAGUGUGUGCAGGCUGGAGAGAAGCUUUGCAGUGAAGCUCAGAGGCAGAAAGUGGUCCUUGGCGUCCUAUCCCUGCCUGGUGUUCUGGUUGGCAGGUAGCAGUUAGUCUCCCCACAUACACACACACACACACACACACACACACACACACACACACACA